CCCUCAAUUGCCGAGCCAGUGACUAUUGGCUGAAGUUCCCCAGCGAUUUGCAUGAACAGAGAGGGAGUGUCUUCUGCCGCCCGCCCGUCAGGAGCGCGCUGACUGCAGCCUCCCCGGGAAUGCGCGGCCGAGGGAGUGCGCGCGGCUCGCGGGCCCUGGCAGGGAGCUGGCGCCCGGCGACCUGGCACCCGCGCCUGGAUAUGGGGCAGCUAGGUAGUCCCAGGAGCAGCACCAGCCACAGAAACCUGCCGCAUCUGUUUCUAUUUUUUCUCUUCGUGGGACCCUUCAACUGCCUCGCGAGUUACAGCCGGGCCACCGAGCUUCUGUACAGCCUGAACGAGGGCCUGCCCGAGGGGGUGCUCAUUGGCAGCCUGGCGGAGGACCUGCGGCUGGUGCCCCGGGGCGCGGGGGGACAGGACCAGCAGGUGCAGCCGCCGCAGCGCACCGGCGCCGACCGGAGCCUCCCUCUCUCCUUCAGCUUGGCCUCUCGGGGACUGAGUGGUCAGUACGUGACCCUAGACAACCGCUCCGGGGAGCUGCACACUUCUGCUCAGGAGAUCGACCGGGAGGCCCUGUGUCUUGAAGGAGGUGGAGGGGCUGCCUCCUCCUCCUCUUCUGACUCUUGUCUUUUGCUUCUGGAUGUAUUGGUCCUGCCUCAGGAAUACUUUAGGUUUGUGAAGGUGAAAAUCGCUAUCCGAGACAUCAAUGACAAUGCCCCGCGGUUCCCAGUUUCCCAAAUCUCGGUUUGGGUCCCAGAAAAUGCACCUGUAAACACCCGGCUGGCCAUAGAGCAUCCUGCCAUGGACCCAGAUGUAGGCACCAAUGGGGUGCAGACCUACCGCUUACUGGACUAUCACCGUAUGUUCACCCUGGAUGUGGAGGAGAAUGAGAAUGGGGAGCGCACCCCCUACCUCAUUGUCAUGGGACUGCUGGACAGGGAGACCCAGGACCAGUAUGUAAGCAUCAUCAUAGCUGAGGAUGGUGGGUCUCCACCACUGUUGGGCAGUGCCACCCUCACCAUUGGCAUAAGUGACAUUAAUGACAACUGCCCUCUCUUCACAGACUCACAGAUCAAUGUCACUGUGUAUGGGAAUGCUACAGUAGGCACACCGAUUGCAGCUGUUCAGGCUGUGGACAGAGACUUGGGAACCAAUGCCCAGAUCACCUACUCUUACAGCCAGAAAGUUCCACAAGCAUCCAAGGAUUUAUUCCAUCUGGAUGAAACCACAGGAAUUAUUAAACUGUUCAGUAAGAUUGGGGGAAGUGUUCUGCAAAUGCACAAGCUCACUAUCCUUGCUAAUGGGCCAGGCUGCAUCCCUGCUGUGAUCACUGCCUUGGUGACCAUCAUCAAAGUCAUUUUCAGGCCACCUGAAAUUGUCCCUCGUUAUAUAGCAAAUGAGAUGGAUGAUGUUGUUUACCUGAAAGAACUGGAACCUGUUAACACCCCAAUUGCAUUUUUCACCAUAAGAGAUCCAGAAGGUAAAUACAAGGUGAACUGCUACCUGGAUGGUGAAGGUCCAUUUAGGUUAUCACCCUACAAACCAUACAAUAACGAAUAUUUGCUAGAAACCACAAAACCUAUGGACUAUGAGCUACAACAGUUCUACGAAGUAGCUGUGGUGGCCUGGAACUCUGAGGGAUUUCAUGUCAGAAAAACUAUUAAAGUGCAACUUUUAGAUGACAAUGAUAAUGCUCCUAUUUUCCUUCAACCCUUGAUAGAACUGAGCAUUGAAGAAAACAACACACCCAAUGCCUUUCUGACUAAGCUGCAUGCUACAGAUGCUGACAGUGGAGAGAGAGGCCAAGUUUCAUACUUUCUAGGACCUGAGGCUCCAUCAUAUUUCUCCUUAGACAGCGCCACAGGAAUUCUGACAGUUUCUACUCAGCUUGAUCGAGAAGAGAAAGAAAAGUACAGGUACACAGUUAGAGCUAUUGACUCUGGGAAGCCACCUAGAGAAUCAGUAGCCACUGUAGCUCUCACAGUGUUGGAUAAAAACGACAACAGCCCUAGGUUUAUUAACAAGGACUUCAGUUUUUUUGUGCCAGAAAAUUUUCCAGGAUAUGGUGAAAUUGGAGUAAUUAGUGUAACAGACGCUGAUGCUGGGCGAAAUGGAUGGGUGGCCCUCUCAGUGGUGAACCAGAGUGAUAUUUUUGUCAUAGACACAGGCAAGGGCAUGUUGAGAGCUAAAGUGUCUUUAGACAGAGAGCAGCAAAGUUCCUACACUCUGUGGGUCGAAGCUGUUGAUGGGGGCGAGCCUGCCCUCUCCUCUACUGCAAAAAUCACAAUUCUCCUUCUAGAUAUCAAUGACAACCCUCCUCUUGUUUUAUUUCCUCAGUCUAACAUGUCCUACCUGCUCGUACUACCCUCUACUCUCCCUGGCUCCCCCGUUACGGAGGUCUAUGCGGUUGACAGAGACACGGGCAUGAACGCUGUCAUAGUUUAUAGCAUCAUAGGCAGGAGAGGUCCUAGGCCCGAGUCCUUCAGGAUUGACCCUCACACUGGCAACAUAACUUUGGAAGAGGCAUUGCUACGGACAGAUUACGGCCUUCAUCGCUUACUGGUGAAAGUGAGUGAUCACGGUUACCCGGAACCUCUCCACUCCACCGUCAUGGUGAACCUCUUCGUCAAUGACACUGUCAGUAAUGAGAGCUACAUUGAGAGUCUCUUAAGAAAAGAACCAGAAAUUAAUAUAGAGGAAAAGGAACCCCAGAUCUCAAUAGAACCGACCCACAGGAAAGCUGAGUCUGUGUCCUGUGUGCCCACCUUGGUAGCUCUGUCUGUAGUAAGCUUGGGAUCUAUCACACUCGUGACAGGGAUGGGCAUUUACAUCUGUUUAAGGAGAGAGAAAAAGCACCACAGGGAAGAUGAAAAUUUGGAAGUGCAAAUUCCUCUAAAAAGAAAAAUUGACUUGCAUAUGAGAGAGAGGAAACCAAUGGAUAUUUCUAAUAUUUGAUAUUUCCUUGUAGAAUAACACAGAGAUAUUUUCACUGACUUUGGGGAGUCUUCACCACCUAAACAAGAGUGUGUAGAUGGCAGUUCCAAUGAAGGACAACUAAUUUAUAACUUGUACUAUAUUGUAAAUACUGUUUUCAGGUUUUUAAAUUCCAAAUCAGAGGUUAUAAAAUGUGUACAGAAUUUUUUAAUGAAAAUUAGUACUAACAGUUCUAGAACUGUUAUAAAAAAAACUUGGACAUGAUCUGCAGCUUUCAUACAUCAAGCAGAUGAUUGAUAGAACCUGGGAGUAAGGUAAGAAAAUGAUACAUUGCAUUUUUUGUCUAAAAAGUCCUUUUUAACCACAAGAGGGCAUCAGCUGCUCCUUUGCAAGGAACUGUUUUGAGGUAUUGUACAUGACAGUUGUACAUGAAAUUAAUGAAAGAGUAUAUUUUAAAUAUACGUUUUUAACAUUUAACAAAUAAGAAAAUUGAAGUUUAUUUCACCCCACUUAAAUGUAUGAUAGAAAGGAAACGCAUUUGCAAACAGAGUGUUUAUUACCUCACAAGUACAUCAGGUUUGAAAGAGAAGGCAUUAUAAAGAAGCGCAAUUUCUUUUCAGCAAGGAUAAAACCAUUGCCAUGUGUUAAGGAUGUGACCCGUUGAAGAGCAUUUCAUUUUCUAUGUACUUAAAUUGCUUUCUUUUCUUUACCACUGCACUUGCUGUUAUUACAGGGGAAAAUAAAUAUAUUCUUCCUUACAGAAAAUGUAACUAGAAAUUGUGUCCAAGAAAAACAACCCAGAAGCAAAGAAAUGUUUCAAUCCUUAGUUGCUUCCUAGGUGUUCAUGACAUUUUGGUGCUUUCACAACUUGUCAGGGGGACUUCAUACUUGGUUAUAGAGUUAAUUUUUAUAUGCUUAAAACAUCCACCACAGAAGAAAAUAAAAAUCAUAUUACAAUGGAAAUGUUCUAGAGGCUACUGUACACCACCGGUUGAUUUAGUUGGGCCUUCUAUAUGAAAGUUAUACUUAUCUUCUUGUUGUGUAGAUUUGUUGGCUACCGUUUCUGGCUUCCUUUCUGUGGCUUUGGAUUAAGUCCAGGAGUUUAUUUGUAAGCCCAGCAGCAGAUUUCUUUGAUGAUUUAGCCUUGAUUGAAUCCUUUGCAAUGAAGCAAGCUGGUUCAUCAGUGAUUGAGCACUUUCACUCUUCGUGUGAGCUGGAAAUUUUAGUUUAUAUAAGUUAGAGCAAAAUUCUUUGUGUAAAAAAUGAAUGUAAGUGUUAGCUUAAACUGGGUCAUUCUCCUUUUUGGCAUUUUGUGUCCGUACUGUACUAAAAGUGUUUAUAUGUCUGCAAAUUAAAGGUAUAUAUUUUCAUAAUUUCUUUCUCAUUUUUACCAUUUUGUAUUUGAACAUGAGCUUGUUCUUCUACUGAAGUGCCUGUUAUUGGCAUUCAUUGGCUUCCAGAGGUGAAUGUACGUAAACUGUAAAUAUUCUGUUAUGCUAAAGUUUAUAUUAAACUAAUUCAUUGCUCAAUUAAACAUUGGGUAAAUUAUUAAGUAUGUGUGUAGUUAUAGACAUAUAUAUGAUAGAGUAUGCCUACAGGUUUAAUAGAUCAUAUGAAAAUUUAUACCCAUGCCUGUGUACAUGCAAAUCAGUUUAUUAUUGAUUUAGUAUCAAUUAUAAACAUUCAUCUUACUACAUAUUUAGAACAAGGUCUCUGUUAGCUGUGUGACAAUAGCUUUCAAUACAUUUUAAAAUAAAAAUAUAUUGUGAGACAAAAGAUUAUUCAAUGCAAACACCCAGGACCUUUUGAAUCCGUAUUAACUCAUUUUCCUUGUUUUCUUCAGUUUGACAAUUUGAACAAAGUAUUAAGCAUAUGAGGCAGUAGCAUUUGUUACCAAAAGAAAAUAUAUAUUUUUUCAAACUUCUUUUUGUAUGAGAGGCACCUGAGCUGGGAAACUAAGAUCAUUUAACCCCUAAAACUUUUCAUUCAUAAUUGAUGUAUAGCAAUGAAGGAGAUGAUGGUCUCCACCAGUCAUUUUUAUAUCAUAUUGCUCUUUUGUAAGGCAGGAACUACAUAUGAAACAAGUAGCACCAUUAAUUUAAAAAAAUUCUCUAUGGAUUCAAUGAUUUAACCAUCGGUAUCAAUAACAUGAUAUUCUAUUCACUUUUAUAUUUGAGGAUUCAUGUGUUUUGGGGUAUGGACUUCAUCUCUAGCAUGAGAAAUGCCUGUAACAUUAAUAAAAAAACAUAUUUCUGAGUAACUUCUUGUGCCAGGAUUUCCUUUAUAAAAAUAUCUCGUUCACAUUAAAAACAUUUAUAACAGGGAAAGUUAAAGUAAAUUAAGCUCAAAGAUAAAAGCCCCUUUUUACUAACACCUUGUGCUAGAACAGUUGCCAAAAUGUAUGCUAAUCAUGUCAAUGUUGUUAGUUGAGCUGGCACAAAAAUAAAUGUUCCAUUCAUUAAAAGCCCUAAUAUCCAUUUAACAGUUUGAGAACCAGUGAGUCCUCUAUGCCCAAUUUAAUGAAGAAGAGAUUGCUCUGAUCUUUGCACUGCCAAAUCCAUUCUUAUGCCACAGAGAAAAUUGUUCAUUAAUUUGGACUGGGAAAUUUAAGACCAACAUAGCAAUUUCAACUAUAGGGGAAAAAACAAUUUACAUUAUUUGGCCCUUU